CUCCCUUGUUUUUUUGACGUUUUGGGAGUAAAUUAAACACAAGAAGCAAAUAGUUUAAAUUUAAGUUUUCUAAAUCACAUAGUAGUUUACAUUUUCAUUUCAUGUCAUACUAGAUAUUUAUUUAACACUUUUUUUUAUAAAAACCAAUACACUUCAAUGUGUGAGAAAUAACACACAAGAAACAAACACACACACAGACACACACGCUCGCACAAAACGCCUCUCCAACAAACACAACAACACAAACAAAAAGAAGAAAGGAGAAUUUUACGCAACGCUAGGGAAAGAAAGGCCAAAAAAGACACGGCAUCCGGAAAACGGCACAAAAAAAUUAUUAGUAAAAUAGAAUCCAGUACAGAAAGGACAACACCGACAAACAAAAAAAAACAUCAUGGCGAAUAUGGCUGUAUCACGUAUUAAGCGCGAAUUUAAGGAAGUAAUGCGCAGCGAAGAGAUAGUCCAAUGCUCCAUAAAAAUUGAACUGGUCAAUGAUAGCUGGACAGAGCUGCGCGGCGAAAUAGCGGGACCACCGGAUACACCAUAUGAGGGAGGCAAAUUUGUUUUGGAGAUCAAAGUGCCGGAGACAUAUCCAUUCAAUCCACCAAAGGUUCGCUUUAUAACACGCAUUUGGCACCCAAAUAUAUCAUCGGUCACCGGCGCCAUUUGCUUGGAUAUACUCAAGGAUAAUUGGGCCGCUGCAAUGACAUUGCGCACUGUGUUAUUAUCCCUGCAGGCAUUGCUGGCCGCUGCCGAACCUGAUGAUCCACAGGAUGCCGUGGUGGCCCAUCAAUUCAAGGAUAAGCAUGAUUUCUUCUUGUUAACUGCCAAACACUGGACAAAUGCCUAUGCCGGUGGUCCGCAUACAUUUCCCGAUUGUGAUUCAAAAAUUCAACGUCUUAAGGAUAUGGGCAUUGAUGAGCAUGAUGCCAGAGCCAUUCUAUCCAAAGAGAACUGGAAUUUGGAGAAGGCCACAGAGUGCCUGUUUAGUUAGCUUGCUUAACGAAACAACCCACAAAAAAGCAAAAUUUUUAUCGUUAGGCCAGUCUCAAUUCAAAAUCAAUCUCGGUAGAAUCAGUUUGAAUUUGGCAAAACAGAAGAAAUCCAAAAAAAGUGCAAAGUUUACACUUGAGACUGACGGAGAAUGGCGCAAUACAACAGAGUGUGAGUGUGAGUGUGAGAGAGAGAGCGAGAGCGAGAGCGGGCACAAACUAUCUACAUGCACGUAUAAUCAGAAUCGCUGCGAUUCCCCCCGAUUUUCCUCCCUCCCCCUCACUCUUACACUUCUUUCCUUUUCGGUAAAAACACAAAAAAGGAUUGUAAUAAAUUGUAUGUCGAUUA